UUGUUCUUAUAUAAAGCACCGGUGGGUCACCGUAAAUUAUCAUUCAGUACACAGCAUUCAAAGCUUCUAGUGAUCAACCACCCCCACAACUUCUCACUCAACGCAAGAUGAAAACUUUCGUCACAAUCGUCGUUGUCGCUUUAGCUGCUGGAGCUUGGGCGUUAACGGCCGAACAGCAGAAAAAGGCCAAAGCUUAUGCUGACGAAUGCGUCAAAACUACAGGUGUCGCACCGGAAUCAGUUGGCAAGCUAAAGAAGGGUGAUUUUGCCGGUGCCGACGACAAGACCAAGUGCUUUUCGAAGUGUGUACUAGAAAAGGCUGGCUUCAUGAAUGCACAUGGCGAUAUCCAGGAGAAGGUCGUCAUCGAUAAACUGUCGGUGGACCACGACAAGAGCAAGGUUGAGGCUACCCUGAAGAAGUGCAACCAAAAGGGUGUUAACGCCUGCGACACUGCUUUCAAAGCGUAUCAAUGCUUCUACAAUACCAAGGCUGGACUAGUUUAAGUGAAGGCUGAUUGUUAAAUUCUGUUGUGAUAUUGGAUAAUGGUUUACCAACCACUGUUUCAAAUAAUAUGUCUCGCUUAAUAAUUUAUUUUAAAAUUAUUGAUUUCAUCAAGGAUGCAGUUAUUAAAAACAGUUGCCAAUCCAA